AUGAGAGGGCGCUGGAGCUGGAGGGCUCCAGAGUGGCGCCUUUGCGUGGAACGCCCUGGGCUUUUGUACGGCGGCGGCCGGGUGCAGGGUAUGUUUUACAGCCCGAAGAGCUGCUUUGAGAAGGCUUUGGAGCUGAAUCCCAGGGAUGCGAAUGCCUGGUGCAACUUGGGGAACUUGGGGGGAAAUGCGAGCUACAUGGAGAUGGCCUGCUACCUAAAGGCCCUGGCCGUGGACCCCCAAAACGCCGUGGCUUGGUACAACCUGGGCCUCCACGGAGGGCUGCAAGGGAUGACAGAAGGCCAGUGCUUUCGGAAGGCCAAGAAGGAGUUUGAGGGAAAGCUGCAGGUCGAUGCUGCGAGCUUGAGCCUCUCCGUGACGGAAGAGGACUUCCGAAGUUUGGCCCAGGAGCUGUUCCACGGGAAAUCGAGCCAAAGCUUCGAGGAGGCCACGUGUCGGCUCUUCGGCACCUGCCAUCCGCCCUCCAAGGAUUGCCUGGAAGAGGCGCAGUCCCUGUCCCUUUCCUGGCGGCGCCAGCUGAAACAGAAGCAUCCGGAGGUCCCGGCCAAGGUUUCCGAGAUGGUGGUGGAGGGUGCGGCGGUGGCGCUCAUGAAGCCCGCUGACUCUUCUGCAGUCUUCAGCCGCUCUGUCGUGAAGGAGGCGGUGUGCACGGCCAAGAGCAACUGGCAGUUGGAGAGGCGCCGCCACCCUUCCAAGGCCCGUCGGCUCCUGGAGGAUCCCUGCGAAUCCGUGGCGAAGCUCUGGAGCCUGGGGCCCAGGGCGACGCCAGGACACAGGCUCGGUCUCAUCCUUGCUUCGUGCACGGCGGCGGUGGCGUUCUUGUCUCUAUCCCUCUCCGUCCUCCUCCUCUGCAGGCGUCGGUCCAACCCCUACCUGGCCUUGCCGCAAUCGGACGCGGAGAUGGAGACUGAGGGCCAGGACGGAGUACUCCCGGUGCAUCUCUUGGCGGCACCGCGCUGCGUUCGUUCUUUUCAAUUCUUCCCACUUGGGGAGGCUGUGCCGUGA